AUUAGGUCGUCAUCAUUAUAUAACACGCUUAAAACUAUUCUUCCUUCCUUCUGUUUCUGUUCUGUUCCAUUGUCUUCAUGCGAGUAGCAGUCCUCGAGUUUCGUACCUUCACUCACUCCCACAUCUCCCACGUGUCUCAACCUCCACCUUAUUCCUCCGUCUCUCCACCGUCGCCGUCAUUAACUCCGUUAAAAACUCUGUUUUUUUUUUUCUGCUCGAUCCGUCGCCAAAGUGCUCUGCCUUCGUCACCGUGACGAUGAAACUCUCCGACGUCGGAUUAGACGCAGUGAAGACGCCGAGAUUGGUCAAAGUCAUCGCCUUUGCGCUCAUCUCGAUCACAACCAUCUUCCUCUUCAACCACUUCUCUGAUUCCUUCUCUUACCCGUCUCUCGUCUCCUCCCCGGAAGCUCUACAAACCAACGCAACCACCGUCUCCGCCGUGCCACCAUCUCCUCCGCCGCGUCCUCGUCUCAAGAUCUCCCCUCCUCCUCUCCCACCGACGGUGGUCCGGACGGGAAUCAUCGACGAGAACGGCGCCAUGUCUGACACCUUCGAGAUCGGAGGGUUCGAUCCCGACGCCGUCGAUGAGAUCAAGACCGGGAACUCCUCCUCCUCGUCGGAAGCAACCGGAGACUCGAAAGCAGCGUUUCGGAUUGAGAAGCUUAGUGUGUGUGACAAGAGGAAGACGGAUCACAUUCCAUGUUUAGACAACGAAGAAGAGAUCAAGAGGCUGAACAGUACUGACAGAGGAGAGAACUACGAGAGGCAUUGUCCUAAGGAGAGACUUGGCUGCUUGAUUCCGCCGCCAGAUGGGUACAAGAAACCAAUCCCAUGGCCACAGAGCAGAGACAAGAUAUGGUUCAACAAUGUGCCUCAUACACGCUUAGUGGAAGACAAAGGAGGUCAAAACUGGAUAAGAAGAGAGAAAGACAAGUUUGUUUUCCCUGGAGGUGGAACUCAGUUCAUCCACGGAGCUGAUCAGUACUUAGACCAGAUCUCUCAGAUGGUUCCCGGCAUUACGUUUGGUGUAAGCACUCGUGCUGCAUUGGACAUUGGCUGCGGCGUGGCGAGCUUUGGUGCCUUUUUGAUGCAGCGUAACACGACAACAUUGUCUGUAGCACCUAAAGAUGUCCAUGAGAAUCAGAUACAGUUUGCGUUGGAGCGUGGUGUCCCUGCAAUGGUGGCUGUGUUUGCUACUCGGAGGUUGUUGUAUCCAAGUCAGGCUUUUGAGAUGAUCCAUUGUUCAAGAUGCAGAAUCAAUUGGACCAGAGAUGAUGGGAUACUUCUUCUUGAAGCUAAUAGAAUGCUUAGAGCAGGAGGGUACUUUGUUUGGGCUGCACAACCUGUUUACAAACAUGAGGAUAACUUGCAAGAACAGUGGAAAGAAAUGGUAGAUCUUACGAACCGAAUCUGUUGGGAGCUUAUCAAGAAAGAAGGCUAUAUAGCUGUGUGGAGGAAGCCUCUAAACAAUAGCUGCUAUCUCAACCGAGAAGCUGGAGCCAAGCCUCCAUUGUGCAGACCUGAUGAUGAUCCUGAUGAUGUUUGGUAUGUGGAUAUGAAACCAUGCCUCACUAGAUUACCUGAAAAUGGCUACGGGGCUAAUGUCUCCACAUGGCCUGCACGUCUUCAUGAUCCUCCAGAGAGGCUGCAGAGCAUUCAAAUGGAUGCUUAUAUAUCACGGAAGGAGAUUAUGAAGGCAGAGUCUAGGUUUUGGUUUGAAACAGUAGAGAGCUAUGUGCGGGUUUUUCGCUGGAAGGAGUUUAAGUUAAGGAAUGUUCUUGACAUGAAAGCUGGCUUUGGAGGGUUUGCAGCAGCAUUAAACGAUCUAGGGCUUGACUGUUGGGUUAUGAACGUUGUUCCCAUAAGUGGAUUCAACACCUUGCCAGUUAUCUAUGACCGUGGGCUUGUGGGGACUAUGCAUGACUGGUGUGAGCCAUUUGACACAUACCCAAGAACCUAUGACUUAAUACAUGCUGCAUUUCUCUUGUCUAAUGAGAAGAAGAGGUGCAACAUAACAAACAUAAUGGUGGAGAUGGACAGGAUGCUGAGACCAGGAGGAAGGGUUUACAUAAGGGACUCACUGUCUUUGAUGGACCAACUUCAACAAAUAGCUACAGCCAUUGGUUGGAGAGCUGGGGUUCAUGAUACUGGGGAAGGACCCCACGCAAGCGUUAGGAUACUCAUUUGCGAUAAAGGGAUUUGAGAAAGGAUACAAAAAUCCUUAAUGGGAUGAUAAGUCUGCUCAAAGCAAACAGUAGUAGUAGAGUACUGACUGAUAAUGAUUGCUGCGUUGUUUUAUUUUAUUUUUCUUGUAUAAUGGAAAGAGUGGAAAUACACUUGAGCACAUUUUAACACUGAAAGAAAGUUGAGAAACAAAUAUUUAUUAUA